UUCUGGUUUUAGGCAAUCCAAAAUUAUCAUCCGGGGACUUGAACGACAAAAUGGAAAUGUUGGCAAGUUAUGACGAAGAUUCUUCAGAACCUAUGCACAGUUUGUCUGAAAAUAACAAUGGUGACGACGAACAGAACUCAAAUUUGGAAGAUGAGUACAGUAUGUUUGAGAAAAUGAUUUCUGGGGACCAGCCUAAAACAGAGAACCAGUCAGCAACCAUGGUAACAGAGACAGAUCAUGUGACCAAUGAAUCCGGCAGCAAAAACAAGGAAGAUACAGGUCAGAAAGGCACUGGUAGAUGUUCAUUAGCAGAAAGUGUGAAAAAAAUCAUGGAACAAAAUUCUGAGGUUGGUGAGGUGAAUGAAGAUCAAAGGUCAAAGUCAGGGUCAUCUGAUUCUGGGUCAUCCAGGGAAAGUUCAAAAUCCAGGUCACCAUCAUCUUCACCUGAGCGGAAAUCAAAAGAAAGGAAAAUAUCAACAAACUCAACAGAAAAUGAACCAGAGAAACCAUCUGGAAAAGAGACAAGGGAAAGUCCUUCAAAAAGGAAAAGAUCUCAUUCAAGGUCGCCAUCACAUAAACACAGAUCAAGAUCCCCAUCUCAUAAACACAGGUCAGACCACCAUCAUAAGUCCAGCAGACGGCGAUCUAAAAGUAGAGAUAAAAGAAAGGAGAAACGACCUUCAAGAUCACAUAGGCACAAAAGAAGCAGAUCAAGAGACCAUAAACACAGAAAGAGUCAUUCUUCACACGACAAAAAAAGGAGUGGCAGUAAAGACCGUCACAGAAAACAUAAGAAAAGUCGUAGUCGAAGUCGUGAUAGACACUCAAGAAAAAACAAAAGUCCACACAGAAGGCAUCAUAGAAGUCCCGACCGCCAUAGAAGUCCUGAUCGCCAUAGAAGUCCUGAUCGACAUAGAAGUCCUGAUCGACAUAGAAGUCCUGCACAUCGUAGGAGUAGGAGCCCAGAUAGGAAAGCCAGGAGAAGUCCUACAACUUGUAAUAAACCUUUCACCUUCAAGGAUCAAAUGAGACAACAACUUCUCAAGGCCAGUAAAAUAUUACAGAACAAUGAAGGCAUUGAUGGAAAAGAACUUGAGUUACCUAAAGAAAAACCAAGCAACCUUCCAUUAAAUUCCAAAGACGUUUUCUCACAAAUAUCAGCUGGUUCAGGGAUUACACCACAGAUGGCACUGCUUCAAACCAUGGCAACCAUGCACCAGAAGGCACAAGAAAUGACUGGCAUAGCUGUUCCCAAAUAUUACAACCCAGCUGCAGUUAAUCCAUUAAAAUAUGCAGAACAAGUACAAAAACGAAAACUUCUCUGGUCAAAAGCUAAAGACCACAAGGAGGACAAGGAAAAAGAAUGGAAGACCUCAGCAGCUUUGGCAUCUAAUUCUGAUGACAAAACGAAAGCUAAAUUCUGUAAACUAAUGGGAAUGAAAGGUGGAGAGGAAGAAGAUGGGGAAGACAACUCUGAGAAUGUGGAGGAGAAAAAGAAACAACACGAUGAACUCUUCUCAAGAUUAGAUAAAGACUAUGAGUUCGCUCGAAUGACGACUCACACACAGAGGGGAGUUGGCCUCGGGUUCUCAUCACAACAACAACAAUAUCCUGUGCAGCAUCCAUGAGCAUCCUUCUCAUGUAUACAUUAGUGUGUUUGUCAAUCAGAUUCUGGGACACAGUUUGUAAUACGAUAAUCCAUACAUAAUCUGUGAAAAGAUAAUUAUCAUCCCUUACACAAUUUGUUAUGUGAUAUUCAGUGUUAUCCAUUCAUAAUCUGUGUUAUGUUAAUUAUCUUUCCAAAACUGUGUGUUAUAUCCAAUGUGAUGAGUAUGAAUAUUCUAAUAAGAACGAGCAUACUUCCUUUGAUGACAACUUGUAGAAUUUAUAAUGUUCUAAAUGUAUGUCCAGUAUUCUAAUUAGAAUGGGCAUAGAACCUCAAGAUCAUGUAUAUUAUACAAUGUAUUUAUUGAAAGUAGAGUGAUUUACUGACAAAGUCAGUGCAAGUACAGAUUAAAUGAUGCAUGUUCUGUGUGUUUUCUUUACAUUGGAAUGUUUGUAAAACUUUUCUAGAAUCAACUAAAAAUCUGCUUUACUUUACAUGAAUUUAUUUUUGAAUAGUUCUUUUUUUCUAAAUUUUGUAAAUAAAAAUAAACUUAUCCUUUGGUAAAGGGGGAUUCUGUCUAAACUAGUCCCUGAUUAUUUAAAGUGAGACCUUGUCUUCACUAGUCCCUUACUUCACAGGGCCCUGUCAAAACUAUUCCCUGAAGAAAUGGGACCAUAAUCUAAAUAUAUCCCUUAGCAAAUUGGGACCGUCUACACAUAUUCAAUGGGUAAACUGAGUAUCUCAACAAUCCCUGAGCUAAAUGGGGCCCUAUCUUCACUCAUGAUUGACCUUCUCUAAACAAUUCCUGUGCAAGACAGGAACCUAGCUGGAGUCUUGUCCAAAUUAGUUCUGAAUAAAUCUAAACUGAACCCUGAAUAAUCUGGGAACCAGCUGUCUUAACGAAUGCUUAAACAACUGAUUGCUGAAUAAUCUGAGGACCUUUCUAAAUGGAACCCUGAUAAACUUAGGACCAUGUCUCACAUCUGCUCUUCUAGAACAUUUAAAACUAUAAGUGAUCCUUCAAAGUUAUUUAGAAGAGACAGUCAGGGGAGGUAAAUCAGGUUUCAAGAUUGCUGAACAAGGGAGGUGAUAAAGUCACUGAAAGAAUCACUUUAACAUCAUGACUUUAAUAGAAGAAAGGAUGCAUAUUGAUUAAUGAAUUGUACAUGCAGUAAGUUGUAUGAGAGAGAUAGAGAGAUGUACAGAUGUUGUUUGGUUGUAUGUUAUUGAAUGAGCGAGAGUAAUGGUUAAUGAAUUUUGUAAUGUAUGAAUGAAUUGUUUAUACUAAUAAAGAAAAUUGAAUUGAAUAAAUGUA